AUGUUGAAAGCGUCACGACAAACAGAUCGAAUCUCGAUUCGCAACUGUUUCUGGGACGAAGGAACAGAAGAAUUGCGAAAAGGACACGGAGGCGUGGAGGUCCAUGACGUCGGCCCAAAUUUGAAGGAAAAGAAAGAGAUUGGAGUAUGUUUUGGGUCGACUUUGACCGAUUAGAGCUCAUGGACAGGUUGGAGAGUCAAAAGAGGCGAGCGACGGAAUUUUCGUGUCGCCGCUGGCAGAUCGUAUCUGCUGGCGGCAUAGAUGCGCGUCGUGCGGAAGCUGGUACGUCUGAGUUUUCAGCCGUUGCUUCAACGGCGUGCUCUGGCACUGUCUCCCUUCAAGCUCUUGUUGCUGCUCUUUUCUUGGGUCAUCCCCUACUUGUUUGUGAGUUUUUUGAUUUUUUCGGUGCUGGUCUUCCAUGUGAAUCGGCCUAAGACAGGACUUUUCUUUUUAUUCUUUCUUCUUUCUACGCCUUUGUACCGCCUGAGCGGCGUCGGCGCCCCAAGUCGAUUAGCCGAGGUCCUGUCCUGAUAUCUGUGAUAAUCAGUAGACUGGCUCUAGUUACAUAUCCCUCCUUGUGUGUGGCGGCUGGGGACUUUGAAGUCGUGGUAACCCACUACCAACGUUUCUUAAACCCUUUGAUUGGGUCGAGACGAAGAUCGAACUUGUGACCCUGUGGACCGGAGACAGGCACACAACAUACAUAUUGCGCUACGGCGAGCCCUAAGACUGGACAUUUACAAAUUUGAAACAGAGGUGCUACUAUUUUCAUGGUAUUCCCUAAAUUCACUUAUGCUUGGUUUCGAGUAUUCAAGUUCUCUGUAUAUUUUGGAAUUUGCACUAUCGAUUGAAAUUUUUUAAAACAAGACAAAAGUGGAACGUUACGAAAAAUGUUCAAAAAAAUAGCUCGACUUCUCUUUGCGAUCGAUGGCUCCGGGUAAAUAAGUUACAACACUUUUUGAAUCUUUUAGUAUCACCUUCCUCUGGUACUCAGAAGAGCGUUCUGAUUGAUACUUCUAUUUUUCAAAGUCUCGAAGUAUAACUAGUUAUCUUGCUUGUUGCAAAUAAAGAAAAUCAAAUUUAUUCUGUUUCAGCUGACCAACUACUUGGAGUCUCGCUUGUUGCCGCUCAGAGCUCUCUGCUACACGCAGAGCGAUUUGUUAUCUUCCGAACCAUUGGCAUCGGACUUUCCAACAUGUAUAAGUUUUUAUUUUUAAUAAAAAAAGUUGAAUAAAGAACUUUCCUAGGAAAUUUUUUUAAAAACUCCUCGAAGUUUCUAGUGUUACCAGGGUACAGUAUACUUUUGCCCACUAAUGAACGGAUAUUUUCGAAAAUAGUUAUCUUGCCCAUUUUGGCUUUAUCUUCUUUUCUUGGCUCAAUGACUUUCGUUUCUUCAAAUAGGGAAAAAAAAACACUUGACCAGUUUUCAAAACCUUUUUAUACAGUCUUGAACUACCAUAAAAGUUCCAAACUGCUGAUAACAUUUUCUUCCAUCUUCGGAAUUUCAGGCAUUAACAAAUUCUUCCCAAAUUGGACCCCCACUGGUUCGAAAUGCGAACUGGACGUUAUGCCGCCGGUUCUGAUCCGACCGAAGCUUCCUGAAAACCUCGAACGAGUAUUUGUGGUCCGCUCUGGACCUGGAUCUCCAGAUUAUCGCAACUUCAUUCGGAAGACUUGGAAAUCCUAUGUGAGUCAAAGUCCUGAAAUAUUCUGCUUCUAAACAGGAAAAUGGCCAGGGUGGUGAAAAAUUUUCUGCAGUGCAAAAAAUUUGCUAUAAAAGGAUUAAAACCGAUUAAAACGAGAAGAUGUGUCAUAAAAAAAAAGCAGGACGCGAAUAAGAACGAGAAGAUUAAGAACGGAAAAUCCUUCAAAGUGUAGGAAUAUUACUCAAGUAUUUCGAAUCAAUUUCGAAGGAAAACUUUUAUUUUUCAUUUAUAAAAAUCAAGUUAAACUUCCAGGUAGAAAAGUUGGUGCCGGUGAUUUUCGUGUGCGCCACAUCUUUGAACGAUACUCUGUCUAGCGAAGCCGCCGUCCAUAACGGUAGAGUUGCUUUAAUUAUUCAUUAUUCGCUGGCUGAGUUCGAAAAAAUGCAGUACAAACUUCAGUUAAAAGAUUUCUAGUCCCAAGAAUUUUAACUUUUUUUUGAAUAAAAUAGGAUGCUUUUAUGAGCCGUUUGAGAAAGCAUAACAAGGCCAGAAAAAUGCAGCGUGAUGAAACUUUGUUGAGAAGGAGAGAAAAAUUCUGCCUUUUAGCUGAGUUUUGAAUCUCUUUUUUAAUGCCACGCAUCUUAUAUUCGAAGUUUCAAGAGUAGUUUGAAAAUUCGAAAGUCGAAUAUGCUUUUAAUUACCUGGGAAAAUUUUUAGUGGCCACUCUAGAGGCUCGCCAAGGAUUACUUGGAGAGGGCACUAAAGCGGCAACUAAAGCCACUUCUAUAGUGGCUACUAUUCUCCGUUUUAGUGGCCACUAUAGAGGUUCUCUAUUUAGUGGACACUUCAGUAGUUUUUCAUCCAUUAUUCUUUCCAGGAACUCUGAUAAAUUAAAAAAAAACUUUUUUUUUACCUCUUUAGUGGCCAUUAAUUUGACUACUAUAGUGGCCUCUAAAAACUUUCCCAGACCUUUGAACGUAUAACAAUUGUAAAAUAAUAUCAUAGAUGCUUGACAAUUCAGAUAUUCUGCAAUUCGACUUCGAAGACUCUUACCACAACUUGUCCUGGAAAAUGAUGGCAAUCUACGGAUUCGUGUUGACCGAAAUGCCGACGGUCAAACAAAUCAUAGUCACCAACGACGACACCAUCGUAAAUGCAACAGCACUGGAGCAGGUUCUUCCGUUCGCUCCUGUUCUAUAGUCUUUCGUUGUCCCAAGCUGUUCUCGAACAGGUGGCCCUCGGGUGUGGCCAGUGCGCAUGGCCUGUGCAAUUGGCGCGCGGUAAUUGUAGGCGAUUCAAAAAGCGGAUGUAGUGAUUGUGAGAAAUGGCGGCUUUUAUUGAUUUGAUCACACACCAUCAAAAAUAUCAAUAAUCACGAAAAAAAUGUCAAAAAUUUCCUCGAAGACUUUUUUUGAUAAAUCAUUAAAAAUGAAUACAGGAAGAUACAAUUUUCUACUACCCUUAUGAGAAAAGUUUUUCUAAAUUAUUCAAAACAAAAAAAUUCACUGAUUUUUCAAAAAAAUUAUUUUGAAGUUGUAUCUUUGCUCAAAAAAAUGUGAAGUUUUGAAACAGUAAAGUCAGUGAAUGGCUGGUGGUAUGAAAAAACCACCAGCGAAAAUUCGAACGGCGACUUUUCCGAUUUUUUCCUAUCGCUAGGGAACUUUCCGACGGCCACCUUUCCGACAGAUCCCUUUCCGACUUUUUUCCCUUAAGUUUUCGGUUUAUAAAACAUCUAUAAACAUUGUUUUUUUUUCUUUUUCUUUGUGUUUUAAUCAUUAACCAACUACUUACUUUAUAUAGGGAGAUUUAAAACGAAGAUUUAUCGAGAAAAAAAGUCGGAAAAAGAUUCGUCGGAAAGGUGGCCGUCGGAAAGUUCCCUAGCGAUAUGAAAAAAUCGGAAAAGUCGCCGUUUAAACUUUCGCUGGUGUUUUUUUCAUACCACCGAAUGGCUUGGAUUAAACGAAGUACUUGAUUCUUCAAAGGAAGUCUGAAAUUUUUGAGUUUGAAGGCACUGCAAUAUCAAAAAUGAUUGGACUCCUUUUCAAAAAAAUUAUUUCAGCUUUUGGAUAUGUCCGAUGAACCACUCAUGCUCGGAAAAGUUUCUCGAGGAUACCCAAGAAUUUUCCUCCCUUGGUUGCCGUGGCACGUCCCAUCUUCCAUGUACCCUAAUUUGUGCUAUCCUCUCUUUGUUCAGGUUCGUUCAAUUUAACACUUUUUUAUUUUUUUUUUGAAAAUAGGAAGAAAAAUUCAGCUUUUAUUUGCAAAACCUUAUUUUUUUUCCAUGUUCAGGGCUCUUCUUUUCUUCUUUCUCGAGAAGGAGCGAGUUUACUACUGGAAAACGUGUGCAAAGCGCCUCUGGUUCACCUCGAUGAUGUUUUCAUGGGUAGUUACUAUAUCUUCUACUAAUAGAGGAAAUGAUGAUUCAGGAGUUCUGGCCAACUGCGCAGGUCUGAAGUUGAUCCACAGCGAGGGAUUCGAUCAGCACGUUUUUGAAGACUUUGUUGUUUAUCAUUAUCAGUACUCACGUCAUUCAGCUGCUCAUUUGUCUUCUUUGUGGCAAUCUUCUUCGCUUCUCUAA